GUCUUCAAGCUAUUGUGAAUGGGUAUAAAAUGAGUUUGUGAUGUCUCUUGAAACUCCUUUUCAACAUUCGUUGUUGUUCGUAACGGGAUUUUAAAUUUCGAACAGCUGCAAGAACCGAGUGCCAGUAGGGGAACCCUAAAUAUAGCAUUAGGAGGCAAGCUAGCUAGCUACUGCUACGGACAGAAGUUACAAGAGACGGGGCUACAUGCAGAACGGUCACCGGUCGAGUAACGUUAAGCAGCAAAUCAACAGCGACCAUCCAACCGAAUGGGACAAAGUGAAAAUACGCUAAAAAUCAGUGCCUUUAAUUGUUUUCUGUGAUUUCUCAUAUCUGUCCAAGGACACUAAACGAUAUAUCUCAUAAGCAUGCGGUUACAACACCAUAUUGUUUCAAACACAAUCGUAGGCUGUGUAUGAAGUUUUUUUACGUUGGUGAUAUCACGUGAAGAUAUUCAUCUUGCGGAUAAGAAGAACAAGUGCAAUAACCUGGAAAGUACAAUUUUUAUAUAUUUUUUCAGAGGGAAGUAGCCAUUUAUUAAUAUACAAGUCUUUUUGCCGUCCAAGUGUUUUUCUUUUCGGACUGCUGACUUUUUGUUAGGUUAUACGUACUUAUUUAUGAACAUCUGGCAGUCAUAUUUAUUUUAACAGCAGACAAAAGUGUGUGAUAAUUCAUUAAGACGGUGAGAGAAGCAGUUUACUGAUAUAUUAGUACUGUGUUGACUUUUAUACGUAAAUACUGACUCCAAACAUUUAUUCUGCUAUACAGUUUAUUAAAAUCUCGAACAGAGUCUAGGUGUGUAGAAUUUCUAACCCAAUCUGUACAAGGAGAUCGACCGUGAAUUUGUUGAACAGCGAAGACGCGGUUAGAUCAGGGGUGUUGAAAAUAGACACUUGAACAAGAAACAGAAGUGCCGAUUUCAGCAAAAUAUAAAGAAAUUAUAUUCGGAUCUAAAAUUACUGUGAUAAAGAACAAACUUAUAAAAUACAGGAGUUACGCGAUAAUAAGUUUAUUUUGCCGCUCGAGACGUCUACGUGUAAUUGACGGUAUUUACAGUUCGUAGCCGAAACCUAACCUCACUCCAAUAUGCUAAUGCCUGGGGCAGCCGAUGCGGCAGCUGUUCUUGGGGGAGCCGAUGGAUUGGUGACUGGACUGGGGGUUGGAGGGCUCGGUGGGCUGGGUGCAGCAGCCGCAGGAGCUGCCAGUGGAGUGCAACAAAAAGACACCACGUGGACUAAAUUAUUUGUCGGAGGCCUACCAUAUCACACAACUGACAAAUCAUUGAGAGAGCACUUCGCUAUGUUUGGAGACAUCGAGGAAGCCGUGGUUAUUACCGACAGGCAGACUGGCAAAAGCAGAGGAUAUGGAUUUGUGAUAAUGGCAGAUCGUCCCGCGGCUGAGAGGGCGUGUAAGGAACCAAACCCAAUCAUUGAUGGCCGAAAAGCAAACGUGAACCUGGCGAUCCUAGGAGCUAAACCACGCGGAAACAUACAGCCAGGCUUCCCGUUUCCCGGAAUCCGGACUGGAUACCCUGCAGUUUUACCCAGCCAGUACGGAAAAGCCCUGGGCUGAUCAGGGAGAGAGACAGACACACAGGCCAUCGUCAUGACAAUUAUGGACCAAUCAGAGCCCAACAAAUGGAUCACCUGUAAAACAU